AUGGCAAAAACAAUCAAUUCAACUAAAAAGAUGAAGUUGUUAUCCAACUUGGCAACCUUGUCUAUUGCAGCAAAUUUAUUGCUUCAAAGUGGAAGCUUUGUAGCAGCUACACCCUUUUUCAAUAUACCAACAGCCGCCACAGCUCACAACAAUGAUGCUUCUCUUGACAUAAACAGUUGUGAUGGUUUUCGAGUGACUUAUCCCUUUACUUCAGGUAUUUCGUUUGAAGAAGAAAGUAAACAUGUUGUGGCCUGGCAAGCACCAACCGGUAUGAAGCAAGUCAAUUUGACACUUGUCGACAACACGCUUUCUGGAACACCUGCUUACAUUGGCAUUUUUGAUGCAAGCCAAGGUGCAACAGACGAGUUUCCUUUAUCACUCGGCGAUAAAGACGCUGGCGAAUACCAUUUCCAUCUCUCUGGUCAAGGUGAUAACCAAUAUUGUGAAGCUGAUUCAGUACCCUUCCAAAUCACAAAGCGUGCCGUUGAUACAACUGAUGAAACUUCCACAGAGACAGAAGCUUCUGAAAACACCAAUGAUGAUGACAGCACUCAUGAAGACGAUGCUAAUUGGGAUUCUGCUUUAAAUAAAGUUACAAACCUGACUAGUGAAAGUAACGAAUCCCAUAGCAACGAUGCUUCUUCUACCAAUGAUACCAAACAAUCAUUCGCUGACUACAUUAACAGUUUAGAUCAAGAUUACAAGAAAUAUCUCGACAAAAACAAAGAAACUGAAACUGAAGACGUCACUCAUAAGAACGAAGGUGAAGACUUAGAUCCUUACUUCACAAAUGAAGAUCGUACUACUAAGGCUCAUAAUAAUGAACCACAAGUCAAGACAUGGCAUUCAAACGAUGCUAAUAGCUAUUUCACCAAUGAAGAUCAGACCACAAAUGCUUCUGCCUAUCACAAUGACAGUGAAUGGGUUACUGAAGAUAAUGUGGAAGAUGAAGAACAUACUAAUGCUGCCAACUGGGAAUCCGAAGAUGUUGAUGUUGAAGACGAAAGCUCCACAAUCCAUGCUAACUUUGCUGAAUGGCAAGAUGAUAACGAGGAGCACAGCAAUGCUGCUACCGAAUGGGUUUCUGAAGACAACGAAGAACAUACUAAUGCUGCUAAUUGGGAAUCCGAAGAUGUUGACCUUGAGGACGACCAUGUUAAUAGUGCUGAAUGGAGCGAUGAUGCUCAUGAAAACCUCAGUGAAUGGUACUCUGACGAUGCCCAGCAUAACAAUGACUGGAGCUCUGAAGAAGUCGAUGUUGCCCAUGCUAAUGAAUACAUGGGUGAUGUUGACUAUGACCAAGACUUGGAAGAAGAGGAUACUACUGAGCACAACAACGGUUGGGUAUCUGAAGAAGAUGAACACCUCAAUGCUGCUGGCUGGUCUACUGAAGAAGUCGACAUUGUUGAUCAUCCCAACUAUCAUCCCAAUGAUGUUGAAUGGACUUCUGGCGAUGAACAUACCAAUGCUGCUAAUUGGGAAUCCGAAGAUGUUGAUGUUGAAGACGAAAGCUCCGCAAUCCAUGCUAACUUUGCUGAAUGGCAAGACGAUAACGAGGAGCACAGCAAUGCUGCUACCGAAUGGGUUUCUGAAGACAACGAAGAACAUACUAAUGCUGCUAAUUGGGAAUCCGAAGAUGUUGAUGUUGAAGACGAAAGCUCCGCAAUCCAUGCUAACUUUGCUGAAUGGCAAGACGAUAACGAGGAGCACAGCAAUGCUGCUACCGAAUGGGUUUCUGAAGACAACGAAGAACAUACUAAUGCUGCUAAUUGGGAAUCUGAAGAUGUUGACCUUGAGGACGACCAUGUUAAUAGUGCUGAAUGGAGCGAUGAUGCUCAUGAAAACCUCAGUGAAUGGUACUCUGACGAUGCCCAGCAUAACAAUGACUGGAGCUCUGAAGAAGUCGACGUUGCCCAUGCUAAUGAAUACAUGGGUGAUGUUGACUAUGACCAAGACUUGGAAGAAGAGGAUACUACUGAGCACAACAACGGUUGGGUAUCUGAAGAAGAUGAACACCUCAAUGCUGCUGGCUGGUCUACUGAAGAAGUCGACAUUGUUGAUCAUCCCAACUAUCAUCCCAAUGAUGUUGAAUGGACUUCUGGCGAUGAACAUACCAAUGCUGCUAAUUGGGAAUCCGAAGAUGUUGAUGUUGAAGACGAAAGCUCCGCAAUCCAUGCUAACUUUGCUGAAUGGCAAGAUGAUAACGAGGAGCACAGCAAUGCUGCUACCGAAUGGGUUUCUGAAGACAACGAAGAACAUACUAAUGCUGCUAAUUGGGAAUCCGAAGAUGUUGACCUUGAGGACGACCAUGUCAAUAGUGCUGAAUGGAGCGAUGAUGCUCAUGAAAACCUCAGUGAAUGGUACUCUGACGAUGCCCAGCAUAACAAUGACUGGAGCUCUGAAGAAGUCGAUGUUGCCCAUGCUAAUGAAUACAUGGGUGAUGUUGACUAUGACCAAGACUUGGAAGAAGAGGAUACUACUGAGCACAACAACGGUUGGGUAUCUGAAGAAGAUGAACACCUCAAUGCUGCUGGCUGGUCUACUGAAGAAGUCGACAUUGUUGAUCAUCCCAACUAUCAUCCCAAUGAUGUUGAAUGGACUUCUGGCGAUGAACAUACCAAUGCUGCCAACUGGGAAUCCGAAGAUGUUGAUGUUGAAGGCGAAAGCUCCGCAAUCCAUGCUAACUUUGCUGAAUGGCAAGACGAUAACGAAGAGCACAGCAAUGCUGCUACCGAAUGGGUCUCUGAAGACAACGAAGAACAUACUAAUGCUGCUAAUUGGGAAUCCGAAGAUGUUGAUGUUGAAGGCGAAAGCUCCGCAAUCCAUGCUAACUUUGCUGAAUGGCAAGAUGAUAACGAGGAGCACAACAAUGCUGCUACCGAAUGGAUCUCUGAAGAUAUCGACACCAUUGAUCACUCUGACUACCACACUAAUGAUUCUGAAUGGGUCAGCGAAGACGAAGAGCAUACCAAUGCUGGAUGGGUUUCUGAAGACAUUGAACACGACGAUUAUUACAUUAGAAGUGGCGAUUGGGACUCUUACGAUGCCGAAAGUACUAAGGAUACUGAAUGGCAAGAUGACAAUGAAGAACACACAAAUGCUGCUCCUGAAUGGAUCUCUGAGGAAAUGAAUGAUCUUGAUGACCAUGUGAACUCUAAUGAAUGGGAAUCUGAAGACCACAUUAAUGCUACUGAAGAGUUGCAACAAGCCAACAGAAACGACCAUAUUCCCGAAGAAACCUCACUCCUUCAAGACGAUUUUGUCCACAACAACUUUAAUACCCAUCACAGCAACGCUGUUUCUGACAAAGAAUGGGUUGGCCUUUAAACUUCACCACUGCAUUGCAAUAAAGAAUUGUAAUCAUUGCAUAUCUCAUUCUGUAUAAUUAUUUAAAAUAAAAU